GGAGGGUAACAUAGAAAAAUGUAUAGCUCAAUAAAAUCAUUUUAAAAGAAGUUUAAAAAACCACAAUGGAUGUGCUGUCAUUAUGUCCUGACUCAUUUUUCAGCCCCACGACCAAGCCAAACAUCUGCCCUUCCUGGAGCUGUGGGAAAAGGAGAAAGUCCUAAAUUCUGACCCCUUUGUUCCUAGGAAAGCAGAGUCCCUGGCCAUUGUGCCUGAGGUAACUUAGUUUGAGCCUCAUCAUUGAGGCAACAGCUUUCAGAGGUUCAGGUCUUCAUCUUCUGCCUUCUGUCCAGAUGUCUGUCUGAAAGCCAGGCUCAGGACGAAAAGUCAUCCUGUCUUAGGAAGGGCGCUAGAAAUAACAGAAACUGAUCUAACACAGCCAGUGUUUCUGUUUCGACAGGGACAAUGGCUGUGUUAUUGGUUUCCUGAAGUCCUACAGCAAGGCAGAGUCCCAAGGCUCAGUGCCAGUCAGUCAAGGCUCCUGCACUCUCAAAUCCAUGGAACCACGCAGCAAUACAGAGUUGAUUUGAUCCUGACCUGUCCUAUGUACUAUAGUGUGACCUUUAAAGAGAGGCCAGGUUUUCUCUGACCUCUAGAAUUCCCUAUUUACCUCUUCUUGAUGACUCUCACUGUGCAUUCCUUUUUGUUUCCCUUCUUAAGAGGAACAAAUGAGCAUGUGAUGGAUUUAGAGGAUCCUGAAACACAGAUUCUUAAUUAUUCUGAAUUUAAAAUCCAAGCACAUUGUUUCAUAAUUAUUUCAAAACUAGGUUUGCAAUAGAAGGCAUGAUCUUCCCAAGACAAAAAUCAUAAAUACUUUUGUAACCUAGAAAGCACAAAGUCGUUACUUUACCCAAUGUAGUUCAUUAAUGAUUGCUCUUUUAGUAAAUCAUUAGCACUAAAUUUAACUUCCCUUGUAAACAUAGAAAUAUAUGUGUCCAGUGAAGGAGAUCUUGUGGCUCUACUCAACCAGCUCUAUUAGAAGAACAGAGAGUCUCAGCAGCUGGAUUGUCUCAGGCUGAGCUACUCCCAUGGCUCCUGCAGGUUUCCCAGCCUCCCUUCCUCUGUGUGUGUGUCUGCUGCUGGCCUCUGACUUUGCCCAGGCAGGCAAGUUGCUGGUGUUGUCCAUGGAUGGGAGCCACUGGUUAACCACGCUAACAGUUGUAGAAAAGCUCCUCAACAGAGGGCAUGAGGUGGUGGCAGUCGUGCCAGAGGUGAGUGGGCAACUGAGAAAAUCCCUGAAUUUUACAAUGAAGACGUACUCAACUUCUUACACUCUGGAGGACCUGGACCAGAAGCACAAGAAUUAUACUCACGCUCAAUGGAAGACGCCGGAACAAAGUAUGCUUUCUUUAAUGACAGGCUCAGCCAUAGUUUAUUAUGAAUUAAUAUGUUCUCACUGUAGGAGUUUGUUUAACGACAAGAAGUUGGUGGAGUACUUGAAGCAGAGUUCUUUCGAUGCUGUGUUUCUGGAUCCUUUCGAGAUCUGUGGCUUGACUGUUGCCAAGUACUUGUCGGUCCCUUCAGUGAUGUUUACAAGAUAUUUCUUUUGCCACUAUCUUGAAGAGGGCACCCAGUGUCCCAGUCCACUGUCUUAUGUUCCUAGACUUUUCUCAAAACUGUCAGACACCAUGACUUUCAAGGAGAGAGUGUCGAACUUUGUUUUUCACAUGGAAGAGCGUGCAUUUUGCCACUACUUGUUUAAAAGUGCUACAGACAUUGCCUCUGAAGUCCUGCAGACCCCAGUGACGUUGGAAGACCUCUUCUCCCAGGCGUCUAUUUGGUUGUUACGCACCGACUUUGUGUUAGAUUUCCCCAAGCCUGUGAUGCCGAACAUGGUGUUCAUUGGUGGGCUCAACUGCCAACAUGGAAAGCCACUUUCCAAGGUAUGUUGUCUCUCUUUAGCACGUGAAGAGGGGCCUGGUUUCAGGCAUUGGAGAGGAAAUUCUCCACUGAGCUGUGAUUUGAUGUUUGUUUUACUGAAUAGGGAAUUUCUUCCUGGGUGGAGAAUUGUUUUUUGCCAUUCACUAAUUAGGAAAAAAUUCUUUAUAGGUGCCCUAUUGAUUAUAUGUGUAGACCUGUGACAUAUUUGCAUAUACAUUUUAAUAUGCAGUCUAAUUUUAAAUAUAUAUGUAUGCCUUCUAUUUGUGUUUGGGGUCAUGAAAUUGGAAAAGGGAGGAGACAAAGAAACUUGUCUGAGGAGGAACAAUGGCAGUAAUGAUAGACAUGUCACAUGAAACAGAAAGGAGAAUGUUCAGCGGUAGAAAGAGGACGUAUGGAGGGGAAGGCUGGGUAGCGGGAGAGGGGAAUUAUCAGGAGUAAAAUACAGCUUGCCUGAAAAUUGCCAUAAUGACACUGAUCACUUUGUAUGCUGACUUAGAAAGUAAUUUAAGAAGACAACAAUAAAUCUGGAAGCUGUAUGUUAAGGCUUUCAGAGAUGUUUAAAAAAUGCAUUAUUCUAUAAAGCAGCUCUCAAGUUUGUCAGGUGCAUUUUAUAUUUUCUACAUGCAGUUUUCUGUAUUUUAAAAAUUAGUGAUAUGAUAUGUAGGAUUCAAGGUAGGUGAAUUCUUUUUCAAAUAAAAUAAAAUAUAAUAAAAUGAAAUAAAACCCAAAACAUCAAAAUUUGACAAGAGAAGUAAACAGAAAAAUAAGAUCACGCAGAAAAGUCACAAGAAUCAGAGAUGCUCUUGUUACCUCAUUUUGGAGUCCCAUGAACGUACUGAACGGGAAGCUAUGGUGUCUGUUCAGAGGGCCUAGGGCAGGCCCAUGCAGGCCCUGUGCAGACUGCUUCAGCCUCGUCAGUCCAUAUGAGCUUUGCUGAGUGAUUUAGCAGGCCUUGUUCUUUGGGGGUCCUCCAUUCCUUCUUUCUCCCUGACUGCUUCUGCCUCUCUUCCAUGGGGUUCCCUGAGUUCUGACUGGAGGGAUUGGAUGGAGACAUCUCACUGGGAGCUGUGUGUUCUAAGGUGUCUCUAUGUAGUGUCUUGCUGUGGGUCUCUGUUUUUGCUCCCAGCUGUUGCAUCUCUCAUUGUGGCUGGCAAAGGCACGGGAUCCAUGAUACAGCAGGAUAUCAUUAUGAGUCAUGGUUACUCCCAUAAGGUUUGCACUUCUAUUGCCGUAUCAUACUUUGUAGGCAAGACGGAUUAUAAGUGAAAGUUUUUGUGGUUGGUUUUGUGUUUCCUGUUCUCUUUUGGUAGCCUGCAGAGUACAUUUUCAUGUCAUAGACAUUAGAAAAGGAGGCUGAACGUUUGAUGUAGGCAUGAGCUCAACUGUUCAUAUUCAUUGAGCUAAUGGGUUGUGGAAGUUUUCUUCAGCAGUGGUGUCUUGUCAGUUUGUGGAGAGCAACCCAUUUUUUGGUGACAGCCUGGUUUGUUUGGAAAUUUCCACGGAACCGCUUGGAAUGAUCAACAACUGAAUUAGAUGAAAAGCAUUUCCAAGCAGAAAGCUUAGUUUGGUGACAAUAUAUGGACAUUACCAGUUCCCUGUCCCUCACUAUUUGGAGAUUUCGUUAAGAUUGCCUUCAUAUCUUUAUUACAGGAAGUUUCCAGUGUCCUGCCCUAGGUUUCCAUACUGCCACUCAAAUGUUUUUCAAUUCUAGCUGUUUCUGCUCCCAUAGUCACCCUCAUCCCUCUGCCCUCUCCUUCCCACAUGAAACUCCUGCUCUUGUCCCCUUCCCUGAUACAGCCCACUCAUAAAAUGUUUAUUAUUUCCCUCUCUCAACGUGUCCUGCCUACUCCCUUCCUUUAUGCCUAACCUCUUUGGGUUUAUAGAUUGCAGCUUGGUUAUCGUUUCUAUAAUGGCAAUAUCCAAUUGAAGUCAAUACAUAUCCUAUUUCUCGACUGAUCUGGGGUACAUCACCCAGGAUGAUUUUUCCUGAUUCUAUACAUGUGCCUACAAACAUCAUGAUACCACAUUUUUUUUAAAGUGCUGAGUAACGCUCUAUUAUGUAAAUGUAUUACACUUUCCUUAACCUGUCUUCUGUUUAUGGACAUCUAGGUUUUUUUCUUAAACUCUGGGAAAUAGAACAACAAUGAACCCGGUGUAUUGAGGAAAUGUCCUUGUGGUGGGAUAAGGUAUCCUUUUGGUAUAUGUUCAAGAGUGUUAUAUACUGCUACGAACAUAGCUGAGCACAUGUCCUUGUGGCACUAUUGAGCAUCCUUUGGAUAUAUACCC